AUGGUACUGCUUCUCUUAUUUCUUGCUUCUGGAUGUCUAAACCACCCACGUCCUGCAGCAGCAGCAGCAGCAGCAGCAGCAGCAGCAGAUGCAGCAGAUGAAGCAGCAGCAGAUGCAGCAGCAGCAGCAGAAGCAGCAGAUGCAGCAGCAGCAGCGGCAGAUGCAGAUGCAGCAGAUACAGAUGCAGCAGAGGAGGAAGAGCAGCAGCAGCAGCAUCACCAGCACGACCACAACCACCAGCAGCAGCAGCAGCAGCAUCACCAGCAGCAGCAGCAUCACCAGCAGCAGCAGCAGCAGCAGCAGCAGCAGCAGCAUACCGCAUAA